AUGGCAUCGAAGCGUGGCAUGUCCGUCAGGGUGGAAUAUUCGGAAUCCGUGUAUAGACGCAUCCGCAAUGAGGAUCGACAGCUUCUUCGCGUCGAGGCCAGCUUCGCCGACCCGCCCGUUUCUCACUGGGGCUUUGUAAUCUACCGCACGGCCUAUGGCAAAGGCACAGACUCGCUCUUCCAGCGCCUAAUUACCAAGAUAGAGGCUGAUGCUAUCACAUUGACACAGCGCAUGGGACGCUCAGAUCUGGGGAACAAGUUACGAUGGGAAGUCAUCGAUGAUCAACAGUGCUUCGAUAGUGUUGCAACAGAGGUAGUGCGUGAGAAUUUCAUCCAGCUGUGUCUCGACCGAGGCGUUCCGUUGACCGAGACGCGACCUGGACAGAGUCCCGUGUACGAACCGGAUAGUGAACAAAACAGUGAGGCAUUGUACUGGGCUGCGUGUUUCCGCUACUGUGUCGUGGUUGACCAGCGCUCUCUCGAAUCUGUCCGCCGGCCAGGCAGUACCAAUAACCACGACCGUCCGAUUGUGGCCAUCGUAUCCAAGGAUUGGUUGCCUGCUUGGCAUUCGAAGAUUCUACGCAACAAUAAGUAUGAGGACCUGACUGACGGGCUGCCACUCAUAGAAUGA